UGCCGAUAAGCAGACCAUCCCGAGUGAGAAAAUUACCAGACAAGUUCAAGGAUUUUGUGUUGAACACUGUAAGAUAACUUUAGAUUUUUAUAUAGUAUAAGUAUAUAACUGAACUUCGUGCGAGUAUAAAACUUCAUUAAUUUCGAACAGUUGAUAACAUAUAAAAGUACUUUAAAGUUCAUAUUUCGUAUUUACAGAUGGUAGGUUUUGUUUGUACAAAGGAAGGGAAUGUAGUGUUUACUAUAUUGUUGUAACAUGAAGUAUAAAAAAGAUUAGGAAUCCAAGAUGGCGUUUUAGUAAAUAUACGGGUUCAGUAAAUUGUUUAUGUUUAAUCGAGUUCAAUCUGUUGUUUUAUCGGGAUACAUACUACAAGUUGGGUGGUUAGCAAGCUAUUUGGGUUACAAUCCAUGUAAUUAGCGUUUGUUAGUUUUUGGGCUAGGUUGAUAGUGGGGGUGGGCAUGCAUGUAAUUAACACGUGUGAAGCUUUAUAGUAGUUAAGUAAAGUUUAGAAAAAAAUGUAAAUAACUUUAGUUCAUGAAACCAAGUGGGGGUGUUUCGCAAUGUUUUCAUGUUGUUCAUAUUACGUCAUAUCCUAUGAGAAGAGCAUCAUGGGAUCGGAGAACACUGAUACCUCAUGUGUGUGUCUCGUAUUAUGUUAUGUAAACCCCCCCCCUCCCCCAAAAAAAAACCCCUUUAUAAAACUUAUAAUAUAUAAUAAAAUAUACCGAAAUAAACCAAAUGAUUUUUUUUUCUGUGUUGGUGUUGUGUACUCAGGUGAAUAAUAUGUUUGCGAUGUUACUCUGAGUGCAUAUCCACACCGGGCGAGCUUGAAGCUAUCCACACCGGGCGAGCUAGUAGUAUUCCAAAGGUCGUAGGUUCGAAUCCCACCGUGGCCGGGCAUAUUUUUCAAGCUCGCCCAGUGUGGAUAAGCACUCAGAGUAACAUCGCAAACCAAAUGAGUUCAACAAUAAGCGCUUUAAUAAACUGAUUAUUACCAAUUUUACAAUUUGCGCGCCGCCAUUUCAUAGCAACAGAAAUGUUGCCAGAAUGUCGUAAAGGAAAUUAGCCAAUACGAAAAUUUAAAAUUUGAUUCAAUAGUACUGACACAGAAUAAAGAAUUACUGAAUCGAGAUAGACUUCUGCUAGUAAUAGUAUUGUCUAUUCCGUCCGAGCUCUGUCUGGCCCGUGUAUGUAAAUAUCUAAAACCACUUUGAGAUAAGUUCAGAGGCAUACAGCGCACUCAAAUUUAUAAUAGCAUGACAUGAUGACACAGAAAGUAUUAAGAAACCAAAAUUUCACAUGUAUAUCAAGUACAGUAAAUACGUCGUCGAGUCAACAAACAGUCGUUUAGUCACCAAACCAAGAAGAAUCUCAAUUCGCGAUAACUAUAACAAACCAAGUAGAAUCUCAAUUCGCGAUAACUGCCAGGCAAUUGCAGAAUCAGAAAGCAAGUACUCUAUGCGCAGUUUAGCAAAACUUAGCUUAUUCAAAAUAAUAUCUUGAUUAUUUAAUAUCGACACAAAAUCACUAAAUAAUGUACAAAAAGUGUGAAUACCAUGCCUUGAAAAAUAUUCACACAAUAUUCAAACGUAUUCUAUAGGUAAGAAUAUGAGGUGCGUUUUCUUCUAAGGUAUUCACAUUUGAAUGCUACUAGCCUAAUAUUCCAAGAACAUUCGCAGAGAAUAUUAGAGAAUGCGUGUGAAUAUUCAUCAUAUUCAAAUUGAUAUUCAAAUAAUCUAGGCACAGUUAACAAAUUUUGACUGCUGGAGCGCCAAGUACGGGCAGGGAUAUGACGACGAAGUAGAUCGGUGAUGUAUGAAGGGGCAAUGCCAUUAAGAGCUUUAUAGGUCACCAAAAGAAGUUUGAAAGUCACUCGUUGUUGCACAGGAAGCCAGUGGAGAUUAGAAAGUACCGGUGUUAUAUGCGCAGAUUUCCUUUCUCUGACGACUAAUCUGGCAGCAGUGUUUUGUAGCCUUUGCAACUUCUGUAAUUCACAAGAAGGAAGGCCGUAGAGCACGCCAUUGCAAUUGUCAAGUAUGGAUGAAAUAAAAGCAUGAACAAGACUUUCGGUGUCCUUUCGUGAAAGAUAUUUUUUUAUUUUGCCAAUUUGAUGUAUUGAUUGUGAAGCCAAACGACAUAUGUUAUUAAUAUGCACUUUGAAAUUAAGGCAGAAAUUGAGUGUAACUCCUAGAUCCUUUACUUUGUUUACGGGUUGUACAUCAUGCCCUCCUACUUUGAUGGGACGAAGAGGACAAUCAGGUUUCAUGUAACGUGAAUAAAAAUGAAUUACUUCCGUUUUUGAUGGAUUGCCCAUAAGCAUAUUGCAAGUGAUCCAAUUCAUAACGUCGUCAAUACAGGCUUCCAACUUUUCAGUUGCGAUAAUGCGGUUAUUACGAUUCAGAAAAAUAUAAAGUUGAGAAUCAUCAGCAUACAUCAUGGCAUCUAUUCCAUGGGACAUAAUCACAUCUUCGAGGGAAGCAAUGUACAAAGAGAACAACAAUGGUCCCAAAACAUAUCCUUGCGGAACCCCACAGCUAGCGAAACACGGUCGUGAAGAAACAUUAUCUACGACCACGCGCUGAGGGCGAUCACAGAGGUAAGACUUUAGCCAAUCCAGAACUACCCCCGAAAGACCAUAACGAUUACACAGCCUGUCAAGCAAAAUGUCGUGAUCAAUUGUGUCGUGAUCAAUUGUGUUGCAAAUAUCAAUAAAAGGUAGGAAUCCCGCAUGAAUGAAUAGGCGGAUUGCCAGAAUCUCAUUAUUUUCCAAUUAUAAGCAAUAUAUUGGUCAAAUUUCGCGCAAAAGCAUCAGAAUUGUUUAGGUUUUGUCCGGGACUCAGUAAAUAGUCACAGACUAAGAAUAUUUCACUUUGCUAGCUCUAGAACGUGUUAGACACAGAUUUUUCCAAAUUCUUAAAAUCAGCAUUUUAAACAGCAAUAACUAAAAACGUUGUUGCCAACAUCAUGAAUUAUCACCCUUAUGUUUUAUUUACACCUUGAAUGUUUUAAAAGAUACAAUUUGCUCACUAUAUAAUUGGUUCUUUACCUUUCGAUCAACCUAAUAAAUCAUUUAUAAAUCCUUCGCUUGAGGGAUUCGGUAAAACAUUACACUGGGUGAUAAUAUUUCACUCCGGACAAAGCCCUUCGAUCGGGUUAUACUUUUCUGAUUCCCCAAACAAAGGGUCUUUAGAUGAUAAAAUUUACGUCUUAUAUCUUCUCUAUCGUAUUCACUUACACCACUGACAAAUCAUGAAGAAAAAAGCCACGUGCUCGGUCCGUUCCACUAAGAUCGGUCAAAGUUACAGAAUAACGAAUAUUUUCUGAAAGCUGUGAAUGAUUUUAUCAAUGAUAACUCUUUGAUAAAUCAUUCACAGCUUUCUGAAAUAUUCUGUGAGAUAUAUCAAAAAAUUGUUUCCAAGAUCAUUUCGAUUCUCCUGACAUCUUUCAAUGACUCAAUCGCUCUAAAGUUAAACCUAAAAUGUAAGGAUCUUUAUAAGGUCAGUUCUCUGUUACUAAAUAACUUACCUUACAUUGUGAAACUGCAAUCUUUCAGCCACAAUUAAUAAUGAAAGUAAAUAUCAAACGGUCAAAAAAAAUUGUUAAAUACAUUUUAUUGCAUUGAUACAACUAAAGGCUUAUCAGCAAUUUCUUUCUUGUUUGUUGAUACUGCACGGUUUUGUAAUUGACUUGAUCAUUGUUGGUCCUGUGCUUGACGUGAUCCUUAUAGUUUUAUUCAGCUAAUCUUAUAGGUACAAGAUUAAUUUUUUUUGCAACUCAACCUGUAUUCAGGCUAUGACUUCACUAUGGGGUAAACAUGAUGCAAAAACAGGAUUUGUUUUGUUCUUGUUAUAUGGAACCAUAUUGUGUAGCACUAUUUCUUGAACUAAAUAAAUUUUACAAAUUGCUAUAUAUAUUAAUAAAAUACAAGAAGUUGUGUUGAGCCGAACCAUAAAAGCGUUGGCCUCGUACUAUUUUGUGUUGGGUUUGAAAACUACAGUAUGAUAAAAUAUGACAGUCAAAGAAAUGCGAACUAGCUAGCACAGUACAGGUUAAGGACCGCGCAUAAUGUACUGUAUAACUUAACAAACACAGUCGGGCAGUGUAGGUUAAGGACCGCACAUAAUAUUACAUAACUUGACAAACACAAUCGGGGGCAGACUUCUAAGUUGUUAAGAUUUUUCAUGUAUAUAAGCAGUUGAUUUUUAAGAUAAUUUUAUAUCUUUUGGCAAUCAGUUGACUAGCCAUUAAUAAGUACUAAAAAUGUCAAUGUUUAAAUUAAGCUACGGAUGUUGUACAGUAUAUACAGGAAACAUUAUUGCUCUAAUUAUUACACUGGCCUGUAAGGCCAAGUGUCUUAAAUCCUCCUUUUCAGUCUGUUUUUUACGUAGUCGAGAAAUCGAGUUUGCGUUAGCUCAUCGCAGGCUCUGGGUGCAACGAUUAAGGCAAAACGCCAUCGAUUCCCUCGGUUCCAUGACUUAGAUAGUAUAGUAAUAAGCUCGUAUAUAUGUACGUAAUAGCCGACUCAUGCCAUGCUUGUGGUACAUUUUUCGUCUAUUAGCCUAUACACUUGUACGCACGCGCACAAUUCCGAACUGCAAUGGCGGCUUUUCACAGAGUGAUCAAACAAUAUUUUACACAGUUUCGUUGAAUUUUCAAAGAAUUAUGCCCGUUUUCUAUGUAUUUACGUUGUGUCGUACUCUGGACUUUCUUGCGUGUUGAAUUAAUGUGUUUUUCUUUGUGUAAUGACUCGAAAACCACAAAAUAUAAUAUUUAGUACUCCACGAAAUAUAAUCCGCGCGAAAAGCUUUGUGUCAGCUAUACUAAAGAUAAAGCGUGCGUUCUAGCCCGCGUGCAGGCCCAAGGGAACUGAUAGUGGGCCUGCAAGCAAGGCCCGGUAUUUUGUACUUUCCGCGUUCGCCCACGAACGCGGCAUUCUGAUUGGCUGUUUGCUGUUGUAUUCUAUAAUUAGGUCAGUGAUUCAUCACAAAGUUUUCACAAAGGCUCUCGAUAAGCUCAAAAUUCGAAAAUUGAUCACUUUUUUCGAAAAUUGAUCACAUUAUAAAUGGAACAAGAACAGACUGUUUAUUGUUUACUUGAAGGAAGAGAUGUUUUGCCGUUAUGCCAGUGGGGAUUGCUUGUCGUGAAGUGUUGGAAUAGCAACAUUACGACUGGGGUAAACUAUAGCAUAAACCUUUACUUGAGUUUCAUUAAUUUCAAACAGACUUGAUGCGUUAUAUGUUCCUCAAGAAUAUUAUCUUUUGGUUGAUGUUGAGAUGCAGUUGCAUGUAAGCCUAUUCGAAACACUUUGCGAUUUACAAGGCUUCGCUGAGAGAGCGAAACACGGAAACAGAAGACGGUAUUAAAUUGCCAUUUGAAACGAAACGAUCUGGACUCUGAACGCUCUCUUCUUUUGUAGAGUUCUUUACCAAAUGAAAUAACUGAAAUAAAUUCCGUACUUUCCGCCGCCAACAAGAAUUGCACACACGAUCUGAUAAGUGAGACAAUUUAUUUAUAACAAUGCCACUGACGACAGCGAAGCACACAUAAUAUAAAUGCUAAUGUUGUCGCACGACUUCCCUCACGAUUUGAAGUUUGAGACUGGUUUUCUGUUGAAAUUCGUCCUAAUUUGCCUGUUCCGAUUUUAGUUGAAAAUGAGCACUUGCAAAUUUGGCAAUUACUGACUGCGUUGCUUGCUUUUUUGAGUUAAAACGCUGCCAUUUACACAUUGUUUACGUUCUGAAUAAGCAGAGAAAACCCCGCAACAUUUUAAUGCGAGUUUGUUUGUUAAUAUUUGGGUGCUGUCAUUGGUUCUUUUUUGACAAUUGACGCGCGAAUGGGGCGUGUUAUGAAAAGGGGCAUUUUACAAAAUACCGGGCCUUGCUUGCAGACCCACUAUCAGUUCCCUUGGGCCUGCACGCGGGCUACGUGCGUUCAAAAUACCAACAAGAACUAGAACCAUUAUGGUAUCAUUUGUAUGGUUCUCAUUUGCUAGACUUGCCACAAGUCGACCUCGAAGAAACGCAUUUCGUUCGAGGUCGACUUGUGGCAAGUCUACUCAUUUACAAUAACAUUAGUUCGACGCGAAUUUUAAUACAAGUAUGGUAUCAUAUUUCAUAAUACAACAAACAAUGUAAACUAGCCAUACAUUUUGCCGAACAUAACUUCGGCCCCUUUGGACAUAUCUUUUUCGUGAUAAUGUUAUUGGAACCAGAAUCGAAAACACUUUUUAUAGUGUUAUUUUCAAGCUUGUGUCAUGAGAUUUUCAUCUUUUAUUUCGGUAUUUACAGAACAUUUAUAUUUUUAGCGCGGCCCAUGGAACGCACAUGAAAACAACGCGCUGUUAGGAAAAACCGGAAAUCGAUUCUGUAGGUCGGCAUGAUUUGCACGUGCAUCGAUCUCCAUUACGUCUCCCGAAAAGGUCUUUUAUUUUGGAUUUUUUUCUGUGUUGGUGUAGUGUACUCAGGUGAAUAUGAUAUUUGUGGUGUUACUCUGAGUGUAUAUCCACACCGGGCGAGCUUGAAAAAUAUACACGGCCACGGUGGGAUUCGAACCUACGACCUUUGGAAUACUAGCCCAAUGCUCUUCCAACUGAGCUACGCGGUCAGGACGGUUCGAGUAAGUGAUAUUUAUUUUUUAAAAAAUCCAUAAAACUUGCUUGCGGUUUAAAAUUUGUAUUCCUGCCUUUUGCACAAUAGCACGUAUCUCGUUAUUUUCAGGCCAGUGUAAUGAAUUAGCUUAUGUAUGUAUAUGAGCAUAACAGAAAGGUGAAACUUAAAUUUAUGGGUGGUGUUUACAAUAUACAGUAAAGUUAAUAAUCAAGACCCUUUAAAUGGAAAUGCCCCUAGAUGCCCCCUACUUUGUUAUUCUACUCUGUCUAACGCUAGACAAUUUUACACGUUAGGGAAAAUACUAUCAUUCAAACAACAAUAAAUAAUUAAUUUUGUGUUUUUAGGAUCACACAAGAGGUUUUUGAUAAUACUUUUAUUUUAGCUACGUUUCGGAUAGUUUACUAUCCGUCCUUAGGCUAACAAAUUGUUCUUACAUUUGACGUGUACAACUUUUAAACGUUCAUCUCACGCAAUCUAAUUUAAAUUAAACUGCGUGUGCGCACGCGCGCGCUCGUUUUCCUUAAUAAAGUAUUUGUUUAGUAUUGGUCUCCAAGUCAUCAAUGAUUCAAAACUGUUUAAUACUUUCUUUUUGUUAUGCCUUACCCUAAAAGACUCUAUUCCUUCUAUAACUUUCCGCUGUCUUAAUCUAUACUCAUUUCUCAAUAUUCGCGUGUUCGUCCAGUCUAUUUAUUCCGUACACUCUAUACUGUGCCUUGCUAAACCUCCGUCUUCUUUCCCCAUUCGUUCUUCUGCCACCGCCAUUCGUCCAUUCCUCAUAUCCUCGUUUGUUAAUCUUACUUUGCUCUCGUGUUCCUUCUUUCUCACCUUAAACAACCUCGACGUUCCUCCUACAUACACCGCUUUCUUGCACUUGCAUGGGAUUUCGUAAACAACAGAUUUUUGGUUUUCGCCAAGUGGUUGUUGAGUUCUCGCCUUCAAUUCCUUUAUUUUAUUUCCUGGUUUAAAUGUCGUCCGAAUUGAAUGUUUGGAAGCUAAUCUUUUCAGUUGUUCCGAUAAGCCCUGGAUGUAAGGUACAAUUAUCAUUCCUCGAUGCUCUUGCUCUUCCGACUCAUUCCUUUCGCGUUUAUCCUCUCGCAUGUAUUCCCGAACCUUCUGUCUUCCGAAACCAUUUGCCGCAAACACAUCUUCUGCGUUCUUUAGUUCUUCCUUUUGGUGUUUCUCAUCACAUAACGCUCGCGCUCUGUCUGCAAAUCCUUUGAUGAUGCCUUUUUUCAUACAAGGAGGAUGAUUCGAUUUCGCUUUCACAUUGAUGUUGGUGUGUGUCUUCUUAUAAUGAACCAUACACUCGAAUUGUUUCGUUUUCCGGUCCACUUUUUGUUUCAAAUCCAGUACUGGCAACGUAUCUUCUACCUGAUUUUCUUUCAUGAAUACAAUCACGUAUUAAAUAAAAGUAUUAUAAAAAACCUCUUGUGUGAUCCUUGAUUUAAAUUAAAAACACAAAAUUAUUUAAUAUGAACAGAGGCGAAAGUUUCAGAAAAGCAAACAGUAAAUAAUAUUUCAUGAAGUUGAGACAAAAGAUUUGUGCAUGUUGAAGUACAGUUCAUCAUCAAAUGAAGGUGUUCUUUUUUUAAUUUUUGGCUUUGAAGUUUGCCAGGAUUCCCGACCAUCAUAUCUUGACAGACUAUGAUCACACUGAAGCCUCUGUAUGAUAAAAAUCAGCAUUUUAAACAGCAAUAAGUAAAAAAGUUGUUGCCGCUUGGUGACAACAUCAUGAAUUAUCGCCCCUAUGCAUGUUUUAUUUACACCUUCAAUGUUCCAAAGGGUACAAUUAACUCACUAUAUAAUUGCUUCUUUAACUUUCAGCGUAAUAUAUAAUUUAUAAAUCCUUCGUGCGAGGAAUUCGGCAAAACACUACACUCGGUGAUACUAUUUCACACCGGACGAAGCCCUUCGAUUAAGUUAUACUUUUCCGAAUCCCCAAACGAAGGGUCUUUAUAGAUGAUAAAAUGUACGUUAUGUACGUUUGGUGUAUUCACUUACACCACUAACAAAUCAUGAAGAAAAAAGCCCCGUGCUCUGUCGGUUUCACUAAGAUUGGUCAAAGUUACAGGAUAACGAAUAUUUUCUGAAAGCUGUGAAUGAUUUUAUCAAUGAUAACUCCUUGAUAAAUCAUUCACAGCUUUCUGAAAUAUACUGUGAGAUACAUCAAAAAAUUUGUUUCCAGGAUCAUUUAAAGGUACGAUUUGGAUUCUCCUGACAUUUCUCAAUUGGUCUAAUGUUAAACCUAAAAUGUAAGGAUUUUUAUAAGGUCAGUUCUCUGUUACUAAAUACCUUACCAUACAUUUUUGAACUGCAAUCUUUACAAUCAUAAUGAAACUAUAUAUCAAAUGGUUAAGAAGAACUGUUAAUUAAAUACAUUUUAUUGCAUUGAUACAACUAAAAGCUUAUCAGAAAUUUCUUUCUUGUUUGUUGACACUACAUGGUUUUGUAAUUGACUAGAUCGUUAGUUUUGUUGAAUCGGAAUGUACGUGUUAUCGUAAUGUUCUACUACAUAUGCCUCUAUAGGAAGAAAACAUUAGCGAAGCGAACAAAGAUUUGCCUAUGCAAGGUCCUUAAUUGGCAAUUGCAGGACAUGCGUUCAUUAUUAUAUGAACAGAGGGUAAAUAAAAGAAAAAUGGCAGAAACUUAAUUCAUCUCCUAUACAAACCCACAAAAAUCCAACACAUAUUAUGCUUAAAAGAGUUAUAUGCAUGUGCGGAUAUAAAAGCCAAAGACAAAAAUUUCCACAAUAAUUGGCACAAAAUGUAAGCUAUUUUGGAACAGCAAAUUGGGAUUUUAUUCUUAAAAUCAGCGUGAAAGCGCAAAAGUUGUUGCCGUUUGUGACAAGUGACAACAUCAUGAAUUAUCACCCUUAUGUUUUAAUUACACCUCCAAUGUUGCGAAGGAUACAAUUUGCAAACUAUAUAAUUGGUUCUUUAACUUUCGAUCAGCCUAAUACACUACGUCCCAGGAUUAUAUGCAAAUAAGUUUUUUUGUAAUAACUCAAGGAAUAUUUAACGAAACUCAAUGAAAUUUUGUAGGGAGUAUCCAAACACUCUUGCCUGUACAGAUAGAAACUUUUGAUGCAAUCCGCGCAUUAGUAAACAAAUGGCGGUAAUUUUGUUUCAUACUUGCAGAAAUCACUGUACCAGGUUAUAUGAAAAUACCCCAAAACAUCAUGUAAGAGUACAAUUCAAUGCAGAAAGUCAACAAAAUGAGCAUUCUAGAUGUAUUUAAUGUCAAACAAACAUAAAUACAAAUGAAAAGACUUCAUUUUAAUUUUAUUACACAACUAACACCUUACAUAAAUGCCCCUUUUAAAUAUCACCGAAAAAGCCUUCGGUCCAUCAUAGACGUCAAGUUCUUGAUUUCAUUCGAAGAAACCUCUUUGGUAGCAGUCACAAUAGCAUCCCAAAGGUUAUUUUUAGUGUGAUAUUGCUUUCCAGCAGAAUAGAUCUUCCUCUUGAUGAUGCUUCACAGAUUCUCUAUCGGGUUUAAAUCCGGAAAACAUGGUGGUCAUUCCAUAAUCUUACCAUAUCUGGCAAACACACGGUUUAAAUACUCGGUAGUAAGCCUUGCUGCAUGCUGUGAUCCGACGUAGCAUUAUCAUGCAUGUAAACAAACUUUUUCCAGAAUGCCAAGCUUUGAGAUUUAUGCCAUGGAAGGAAGUUUUAUUUCAGGAAAUCAACACAAACACUAGCAUUCUUUUUUACAUCUCCCUAACUCUGAAAGGCCUAACAAGGUCACUGCCAAUAAUCCCGGCCCAAAACAUCACACCACCACCUCCUUGCUGACGCCUUAGUAGAUGAGGCCGCCCGUGCUCCUGGGAGAACCAGCCUCUUCUCCAGCCAUCCGGUCUAUCGAGGGUAGCUCUGCGUUCAUCGGUAAAAAAAACUGUUCAAAUAGUUGCUUCAUGUACUUCUGGGCCCACUGAAGCCGUCCCUUGAUGUGUCUGUCCUUCAAAGGAGGUCGAAUGUCUGCUUUUCCACAUUUGGCAACAUUCUUCAAAAUACGGCACCUUGAGGUUUUUGAUAUACCAAGAACACCAGCUCCCUUGAACACGUGCUUACUGGUCUGGAGAGGGUUGCAACGGACUUCUCUCUUUAUAAGCUGGAUAUCUCGCUGCGACACGCACGAUUUUUUCGCAUUUUUCUCUUGUCUGAUCGACCAUUACACGAAUCGGAGUUUCUGGCAAAUUUUCUGCCUGUACGAUGAUCUCGGCAUAACAUUUAGCGAUUGCCAAGGUGGACUGCUUCGCGUGCAGCCCUUGUAUGAUUUUUGAUUUCUCAACUUCUGUUAAAGCUCCUUUGCGGCCCAUCUUGCAUAUAAACUGGUACAGUUAUCUCUGCAAGUAUGCAAUAAAAUGGCCGCCAUUUGUUUAUUAAUAUGCGCGUAUUACAUUAAAAGUUUCUAUCUGCACAGGCAAGAGUGUUUGGAUACUCCAUACAUAAUUUCAUUGAGUUUCGUUAAAUAUUCCUUGAGUUAUCACAAAAAAGCUGAUUUGCAUUUUAUCCUGGGACGUAGUAUAUAUCAUUUAUAAAUCCUUCGUUUGAGGGAUUUGGACAAACAUUUAGUUUAGGACCUGUAUAUGAGAUUGUUUGCGAUUCAUUUAGGACCGGUAAUCUCAACUGUUUUAGGGUAAAAUGACCACAGCGGUCAACAUGGCAUAUGUGCGAAAACUUGAAUCCAGGACGAAAGUCCUGAAAAUGACCCCGCCCUGAAACGGCAGUGUCGACAUAGCUGUAACUUCCGAAAAGGAAAAGCGACAGCCUUUCUGAAGUGCUUAUAGUGUUCAGAAGGGCUGCUUUCAGGGGUGGUCAUUGGAAGGAAAUAUUUGUCAAAGUAUAAUAUUUUACCAGAAAAUGACUAUGCACCACCCCAGGUAAAUUGCUGAUUAUGCACAAAAUAACUAAUAUGCCUGGCAGAAAUUAAAUUUUCUUAUUUCCUAAAAAAAUUAUCAUGGGAUGAAAAACUACGCUUAGUUCAAUAUAACUAUUGUGGAUUUCUUAAGGAUUGUAAUUGUUUUCUUAUAGUAAUUUGAUAUUUCAAUGCAUAUUUAACUGCUAGAGUUCUUGUGAGUUGUGUUCCGGCGGGUUGGAGCCUUAAAUUGCUGGAGAACAGAACAGCAGAACUGUAUGUGAGUAUUUGUAUGUAUAUUGCGAUUUGAGGGCAAACAUGUCGGCAAAUCUAAGAUUGUCUUGGAUUGGUGAUCAUGAAAGCUUGAAAGAAUUCGUAAGGGACAAUCUUAUCCUACAGGGAACGUGGUCAUCGCCAGCCGGUGAAAAGAAACUUUUUGAGUCGGAGGGUCUUACGAUUCUCUGGUUAAAAAACAAGACGUUCCUUGCAGUUAAUGGAAAGGACGCGAACGAAAUUCGUAGUCGACUGAUCAAAGCUAUGUGUACGAGCAUUGACUUUGCAGGCGUGAAUUCUAGCGUAGACAGGGCUACAAACACUGAGAAUUUUGUUCAUGAUAAUAUAUCUAUAAACCACGGCGAAGUCAUGCUUCAUGACCUUCCUACUUCAGCGGGACAAGCGCCGUCCAGUGUUCAAAUUGAUAGCACAGAGCACAUGGAAAACGGCUUUAAAACUGAACAGGUGAUAAACAGCAAGACUGUUCGCUCGUUGGCUGAAUCCGUUGAGCGGCUUGCCUCAAUAGUAGCUGAAAUUCAAUGAUUUAUCCAAAUUUGCUGAUGAUAUUGCAAUAAUAGCACAGUUUAUGAUUACGAAGAUUCAGCUGGGGAUGAAGUAGAAAAUAUGAAGCUAUGGUCAAACGAGAAUAGAAUGUCUUUAAACAUGGAGAAUACCUAUGAAAUGAUAGUUCGCGGAAAAGUGUCUACUCCCCCUCUGGAUCGCAUCCCAUCCAUAAAACGGAAAGAAUGGCUUAAAUUAUUGGGUGUCACGAUGGAAGACAUACUUGGUAAAUGGGAUAAACAUUUCGAAGAGAUGAUGAAAAAAGCUAGUAGAAGAAUGUAUAUUCUAAGGGUUUGUAAACACUACGGGCUCUCUACACAUCAAUUGGAUCUUCUCUUCAAUAGUCUUAUUGUCUCUCUUUUCACCUUUGCAGUCGAAGUUUGGGGUGGAGCAUCGUACAACAAAUAUGCAAGUCAAAUUGAUAAGCUUGUCAAUCGUGCCUAAAGAAAUGGUUAUACAAGCAACAGAUCAGAUUUUAAACAGAUCAGAUUUUAUUAUUAUUAUUAUUAUUAUUAUUAUUAUUAUUAUUAUUAUUAUUAUUAUUAUUAUUAUCAUCACCCUACUUGAUCUUAAGAAUGCCUUCGGCGAAAUCCAUCACAACCUCAUUCAAUCCGUACUUGACUACCACCAUAUCCCUGAUCAUAUAAAAUUUGUUAUAAAAAGUUUAUAUACUGAUUUCCAAACCUCGAUAAUUACCUCAGAAUUCCGCACUCCUUUUAUGACAGUUGGCCGUGGCGUAUUGCAAGGAGAUUGCCUCAGUCCUCUUCUUUUUAACAUGUGUUUCAAUACAUUCAUUCAGCAUAUCAAGGCUGAAAAGUACCGUCAAUUUGGGUUUUCCUUCAAAUUACUAAAUCCUAUCCAUUGGUUCCAGUUUGCUGAUGACGCGGCUGUAAUUACUGGCCAAGAAUCCGAAAACCAACAUCUAUUAAAUCGAUUUUCUAUCUGGUGCCAAUGGUCCGAUAUGAUUAUCCGAGUUGACAAAUGCAGUACCUUUGGCAUUAAAAAAGCGAUCACAAAAUCAGUUCAGUACUUGCCAAAACUCCUCAUCAGCAAUCAACUAAUACCAAAAAUCACCAUUGGAGAAUCAUUUCAAUAUUUAGGACGUUACUUUGAUUUCCACAUGUCGAAUGAUAAUCACAAAACUGAACUAACCACCCUACUUAAUGAACUAAUGUCUGAUAUUGACUCAAAGCCACUACACCCCAAAAAUAAACUGCUCCUCUACAGUCGCUACGUCUUGUCCAAGUUAGCCUGGCACUUCACCGUUGCAACACUCUCUAAAACAUGGGUUACUGAAAAUAUCGACUCUAUUGCCAACAAAUAUAUCCGCAGAUGGCUUGAAGUACCAAUAUCAGGAACACUAAGUACUGUCUUUCUAACAAAUAAUAAAUUUGGCCUGAGUAUUUAUCCUCCAUCUGUAAAAUUUAUCCAGUGUCAAACAGUCCUCCGAAAAGCUUUAAAAUCUUCUCCUAAUGAGUCAACUAACGACCUGUGGAGAGCAACCAGUAACCAUACUAAUAUCCAAUAUGACACUUAUAACUCUACUAAGGAAGUUCUCAAAGAUUUCCGUUCUGGACACGAAAACAAACUCCUAAACCAAUUAACCAGUCAAGGAUCCUUUUUCUGCAGCGUCACGAAGUUCGCUUUACCUCAGCUUAGCAAGGUGUGGUCCGUCGCCCAAUCAAAGCUCCCAAAAAACAUUUACAACUUUACCAUUCGUUACAUUAACAACUCUCUUCCGACGCGUAAAAACCUAAACAGAUGGGCAAUAUCUUCAAAUUCAGACUGUUCUUUUUGUCUUAGCCCUGAAACAUUACUACACAUAGUAGCUGGAUGUCAGUUUUAUCUCGACCGAUUUACGUGGUGAUACGUUUAUCUCGACCGAUUUACGUACUUACUGGUGAUACGUAUCGCCCAGAUUUGUUAUUAUCGUGCUCAAAUGGUUCCUUAUAUGUGGUUGAACUCACCACUGGUUAUGAGACAAACCUCAAAAACAACGUAAAACGGAAGAAGGAUAAAUAUAGAGAAUUAUUGAGACAGCUAGGUAAAAAUUUUAACCAAGUUAAAUUUAUAAACCUCUCCAUCAGCUCUUUAGGUAUUUUUGCAGAAGAAUGUCAUACAUUUUUAGACAUGUUAGAUAGUAUUGGUCUUGACAAAAACCACCAAAUGUACUGCGUUAGGAAAAUGAUGACUAUUGCUAUUAGAACUACAUAUUACAUUUUUUGCUGCCGAAAUAAGGAAUGGGAAAAUCCGGAUUUACUAACAAUUUGACUUAUCUCAUUGUAUAUAUAUACUGCAUGCACUUUGUUCUGUUAUUUUAGUUUAGUAUAAUUGUGAUUCAAAUAGCCAACCGUAAGUUACCUUUAUGAGAGAGAUUUACGAUUGUAUAUGUAUGUAAAGAAAAACAUUUAAUAAAGUUUCCAUUAUUAUUAUUAUUAUUAUUAUUAUUAUUAUUAUUUGGUGUUUAAUUACACAUUUUCGCAUAAACAAUGAAUUACAAUGUGUUUACAUUCAAAGUCAAAUUUAGUUUAUAGUUAUUUACACGGUCAUAAAAUUUAAGGUAAAAUAGGUUACGAAUAUUAUUAAUAUAUAAGUUAAGAUCGAAUAGUAAGUUAAGAAUAUUGUUAAAAUUUAAUCAUUUAAUCUAAGGUAGGUUCCUUUCUCUAUUUCAUGGCAUUCAGUUCAACAAUUGCUCUUGGAAAGAAACUGUUUUUUAAAGCGUUCAGUUCUGCAUUUAUACAAUGACAGAUUAUUUAAGUUUCUAAUAUAAUAUUGUUGAGCACAAGCUCUGGAUUGUGUCACGUGUUCAACAAGAGAAUAUCUUGUAAACGCUGAUAUCUUGGUGAAUAUUUAAUUAAAUCGUUUGCAUGACCUAGCAAGAUUAAAGUUAGCAUUUUAUGAAUAAGGCUACAUUUAUAUGAGCGACGUAGCUCUUAUAGUUUUUUCGCUAUAGUAGAGCGAACGCCUGAACUUUUUUGCGCCACCCGCACGCUUACUGCUUGCAUUUUGAGCACUGUGGCGUGGUUUGAUGUCCAACAUUCGUAUGUCCAACAUAUUACAGAGUGAACAAUAUCACAACAUAACAUAACACUUGCAGAACUAGUAUUGUUCGAUGCUGAAUUAAUAUAAACGAGUAUGCCGACAUUCAAUUAUUGCUCAUAAUUUACAGUUUUAAAUCC